CAUGAGUAAAAAGGUCAAGCUUGUUUGUAUAUAAUCUACUACUAGAUUGCAGCAUGACUGAAUUCGAUCAAGUAGUUUAGGAGGAUUCAACAAUCAAUAACAUUAAAAAAAUAAUUAACUUUUUAAAUAUGAACGAAGAGGAAGAUUCUUUAAAUAAGCAAACUUAUCAGUCUGAUAAAUACUCUAAACUUAAAGGUAAGCUGAAACAAAAAUUAAUGUUAAGCCAACUUAAGCCUAUUUUUGAAUUUGAUAUUUGCCUAUUAAUAAAAAUAAUACAAAUAUUUUAUUGAAUGAAUAGUGUAAGCACUGAAAGUGAAUAGGCUGAAAAAAUACUACUUAGAAUAAUUAUCUAAUAAUAAGUGAUGAGUAAUAAUAAAAAUUCACUAGGCCCAGGCCUAUCUCAUCCCUAGGCCUGGGACUAGACCUAGUCAGUGUGAGUAUAGUAUAUCAGUGUUAGUAUAAUGUAUAGUAUACUUAUACUUAUUCUUAUACUAUAAGAUUAUACUUAUAAAUAAAUAGAGGCCGUACGUCAUACGUCACGCUAUUUUUGACCAUUUUUACCCCCGCCCUCCUCCGUCACAAACUGUCACAAAUAUCGGAACCCCCCCCCCCCUUAAAGUACGUCACACUUUCAAACAAUUUUUUUUAAAAAUUAACACCUAAUUAAAACUUAAUCUAAAACUCACUUCACUAUUAAACUGUAUUAAAAUAUAAAAUGUCCACUUAAUUUCCACUAUCACAUUAUUAAAUUGACUUUAAUAGCAGAAUAUUUAUUUGUCAAAAGUUGUCACAGUUAUUCAUUGAAGCAGUCCGGGUAUACAUCAUUUAAGCUGCUUUUUCAUUUACAAUAGAUAAGGUCAAGUUUUAGAUAAUCUUCCGAUUAUGCAAUCUUUUUACACAGGAUAAGAAGUAGGUUAGCGAAACAUGACCUCACCCAGUGAUUAAAUAAUAAAAAGGACAGUGACAUAUUUAUGCAGCGGACAACAUAGAAAUAAUAAUACUUCAAGCAUGACGAAAGCAAGGCUAUACACAAAACAAGGCUUCGCAACAGCAUAGUAGCGCUCCUAGAGAAACACAUUCAGGAGAGACGCAUUUCAUGCUAUUUUGACAUAAAUCUAAUUCAAUCUAAUGUUUCACAAAAUUUUUGAAAAUUAUUUUUAAAGCAAUUAAAUUCCACUAAAGAAAUAAAUUAGAAAUGAAAUUUAAAAUAGUAAAUGUGUGACGUCACACAUGGCUCCCCCGUCACAAACUGUCACACUUUCUUACACCCCCCUCCCCCCCUCUGGAGCAUGACAUACUUUAUGGACGUCCCCAUAGUUAACAAAAAUAAAAGGGGUUCCAAAAUAUAAUAAAAAUUUAUAAAAAUGCGUAAGUUAUACUCCAUGGUCCAUAGCCAAAACCAAAAGGCACUUGGACUUGACUUAGUCUUGAUAAGAGUAAGAGUCUUAGACUUACAGUGUCAUACAUGAUAAGUUAAAGUUACUAACUUAGUUAGCCCUACUUUUAGUUUAACCUUUAGUUAGCCAACUCAUAAAUACUCAUAUAUUAGGCUAUAUUUAUAUCAUAUUAAAAUUAAUAUUCAUACGGAUGAAACUGCACUAAUACUAAUACCUUAAAAUUAUUAAUAAGUGUAAGUGUAAGUAAAUGCUAAUUAAAUACUUACUAAUUAAUAGCCCAAAUUCAAAUGAUUGUAAUUUUAAUAAGUAAUGAUGCACAUGUAAGUAGAGUAGGCUACUCUGUCAGUAGGACAUAGCCUAUGUGUAUGCCUAUGUCCCUAUGUUAAAUGUAUGGGUAUAGCGAUGCCAUAGACUAUUGACUAUAAAUAGGCCAGAGAAAUUUUAAAACCUAUUUAUUUUUUGUAUCAUAAAACUUUAGAUGUACAGUGAAAAAUUUAAGGUUUUGUUAGUAUGCUGUUGAAAAAAAAGAUUUCAUUUACUAAAUGUAAUGGUUUUUGAAUGUGUAAUCUCCUUCUAUAUCUUAAGGACCCAAGAUCAAUGUUCUGAUCAUUCUGGCUCCUAUUUUUAUAUAUAGGGGAUUCUCGAUGUUUCAGUGCUUGGUAUUAAAGAGGAUAUUUCACUAGCUGUGUGGGUAUCAGGAACAUGUAUGGAUUCAGUAAUUUUUAAAAAGUUGUGAUUGCCUUAUAACAUGUUUAAAUAACAUUCUCUUUCCAAAGUUAUUUUUCAAAUAUAAUUCAUGUGGCUUUAAAUUUUCAGUGGGAUAUUCUAAUUAAUAAAAACAUAUUGCUGACAAACAGGAACAUCUCUUUCUAAUAGAAUUUUUUUUCAAGGGAAGUAAUUCAUCCUACAUUAACAAACUUAUUUUCUCUUCACGCUAAUGACCGGUAAUGCUCUCAACAAAGUGGCACUCUACUUUGUUUUCAAUAGUUUGAAAUAUAAAUUAUUUCCAAGACACAUUACAAAUUAACAAUGGCAGUUUCUGCAUUAUCAUAUUUACUAUUUUAAAACACAGCAUGUAUUGUUCUCAGUCUCAAUGCUUAUAUAUAAAGUCUUAUAAUUAAUUACCAAGCAUUCAUAUUGUAUGAAAUAGAUUUAAACCCUGACAAACUCUGCUUGGAUGAAUAGUUUUAAAAUAAUGUAAACUUUUAGUUUUCGUUUAAACAACAUUACUGAAUAUAGGUAGUGUGCCCAGGUGUCCACUAUUUGAGCAGAUAGUCCGCUUUUUUUCACAUUAUGUUCACUAUAUUUUUUACUACUUAAACCCCCUUCCCUCCCAACCACCACCCCCUUCCGCUUUCCUCUAUUUUUUGGAAGGUCCGCAAUUUUUUGGAAGCAGACCUGGCAACCCUAAAUAUAUAGAACGUUUUCAAAUAUUAUUUCAUCCACCAUGCAUUUGAACUUUUAAACUAUAAAAUAACCAUCUAAGACAAACAAGCAUUCUUCCAUAAUUUGAUAUGGUUGAUCUAUUAAGGAACUGUUCUAAAAGCACAAGAUCACACAAACUGGUUAAAUACUUGAUAAAUUUCUGAUUUUUAAACGACUGGUUGACAAAUUAAGAGAAAAAAUGACACUCUACUAGGUUAGACAGAUGGAAUGAGUUAGACUAGACAGAUGGAAUGAGUUAGACAGUUGGAAUGAGCUAGACAGAUGAAAUGAGUAAUGACAGAGCUUUAUUGAAUUUAUAGGAUAGUUAGUGAAAUCACAUGACAGAGAAACAGAGAUACCAUUAUUUAUAUCUUUAAAAGUUGCAAUAAGUUACUUUGACCUUCAUUGUUUGUAUUGAAUGUGCACAGAAUCCCUGAAGAUUUGGUCACAGCUAUAGAUAUUCUUGGGUCAGCUCUCCUUGAGGCUGUUGGCUUCACUUUCAGUGCCAUAGAGCUUAUGUCCAGACUUGUGUAUCAAGUCACGUUGGCAUAUAUCUUUAAAAUCUGUAGAUACAUAAAUAGACUCUCUGUAAAUUAGAUUGUUCCGACGACAAAGUUUCAGAAAAUGUUUUAGUGGUGUGGAUCUUGUAUACAAUAUCUAGGCAUAAACUGAGCUUUGACUUCAGACUUAAUGUUAAGACAAUAAAUAUAUGGUUUAUGUGAUGGUUUAUGUGAUGAUUGGGGUGGAAGUCAGCAUGCUGCACCAUCCUGUAUCCAAAGAUAGUUUUUUUCACUCAAAUUAGAAACAACUCUUUAAAAAAAAUAAUUGAUACUUAAAAGGAAAUUAAGGCUGAAAUUGAUUUUCUAUUUAUUUCAAGAACACGGGAAAAAAAAUGUUAACAAUAUAAUUUGUUGGAUGUUCGAGAGAAUUCAUGGUAUCUAAAGAUUCAAAACAGUGUGCCUCAAAUUUAUUGUGUUAGCAAAUACAUAUUUAAAAUAGCAUCUUUCUAAUGAUGUAAUUCAUCUGUUUAAAAUACGAAAAUUCUAGUGGUAAUUUAAGGCCAUUGAUACUGUAAUCCAAAUAUUGACUUCUUCAAGUUCUUUUGGGGCUAGACAUAUGGUAAAAAUAUUUAAAAUAAAGAGCACCACUAGUGAAUAUUUUAUCUGGUUUAAAAAAAAAGUAUUAAUAAUCAUUCAUAAGUCCAUCAAUCUAAUACUGUAUGUUAUUUUGCUAAUGUUUAUGGUUCCAUAAUACAACUUAGCCAUUGCUAACAUCUAUAGCUGUCUAGCCGAUGACAGAUCUUUUAUAACUAAUUUGUUAAGGGUAUGUCGACAGUUCAACUUAACCAUUGCUAAUGUAAAGGUUUUAUUUAUUUACAUUGUGGACUUGAGUGACAUCCAACAUUGUAAUAGCAAUUAUAUACAUAUCUGAUAUAUCACUAUAUUCACUAAGUGACAAAAAGAAAUACAUUGCUUAGACUGAAUGUUAUUUAUUUAAAAAAUUAAUGGACAGAAUAAUUUUUGUUUGGGUUAGACAAUUUAUUUCAUCAUAAAAUGUGACAAUAUUUAUUAGAAAAAUUUGCAAAUAUACUUUUUAAGUAAUUUGUAAAAACAUUGGGCUACAAAAAAAACCAACAACCAAAAGCAUUUUUGGUAGCCUAUUACAAGAAGAUUCAAAUGUUAAAAAAAAGAUACUAACCAUCAGGAUUGAUUGUUUGCUGCUAAUUCUUUCCAGGCUUCAUCCAAUCAUCAUGCAUCCAAAGUGGGAGUUAUCCUAAGGGAGACCAAAUAGAGCAAUGCAAGGGAGGGGUGGCCACUGUGCAUGAGUUUAGUUCAGAUCACAGCAGCCAGUUGACCUUCCCCCUCAAAAAAACAACAACUCAUGUGUAGGAGAGACCCUCCUCAUUUGAAAGAUGAAUGCUUCUCAACUUAUUGUAUUUAUUUCCCUAUUCUGAUUUAAAGAUUGUCUCAUAUAAAAUACAUAUUUACAAUUAACAUGCAUUAUUUUUUAAUAAUUGAUUUUAGUUUUCAUUACUCUUAACUUUUUACAAAUGUAAUUUUUAUUGAUAAAUCAAACAUAUAUGAUUUGCAUUUCACUUUCCAAAUACUUUUCUAACAGAAUUUUAAGACUUAAAUUGCCCCCCCCCCAAAAUUAUUCUGAUAAAGAGCAGUCUUUUUUUCUAGGUUUCUGAAUAUAUUUCCACUAAUUAUGAAAUUACUCUAAUUGUCCAUUUAGAGUCACAAAUAUAUUAUUAAUAUCUUUAAAAAAUCUUUGAAGUUCUCUAGAGUUUAAAUAAUUAUUUAAAAUGAAAAAUCCAUUGCAGAAGAUUGUGGAAAAAGUUGUAGAUUGUGUGUGGUAAAAACAAGGGAAAAGUCAUUAAUUUAAAUCCUUUAACAAAUACAUUGCACAUAAUAAUAGUUUUCUAUACUGGUGGUGAUCAUUGUCUAAUAUAAAAUGCAUCCCAGCUAAAUGCCAAUUCAAAAUAGCAUCAUAAAGUGCUAGGAAAAUGCCAGGGCCUUAAUGAGCUUGUGGUAAUCUACCGCAUGCUCACACACGUGCCCAACAAUAUUGAUUCGGCUGUUGAUGCUUUUUUUUUUCCCUGAGUCAGCCUGUAUAUGUGUUUCUUCUGUGGGACCCAGUCAGAAUAUUUGUGCUAGGGGGCCAAACCCUGACAUAACUCUCAAUUGUCUCCUUUGCAGCAAACAACAAUGGGAGUUGGAUCAAGUGUGUCUAUUGUUACUUAUUUUCUGGAAUGAUAGAUUGUUCUUGUGUUUUAGUUUUAGGAACACUUUAUAAUUUUGUGGUUUCUAUUAUGCAAUAGUAAUGUACAAAUACUAAAGGUAGUUUCUUUAAUGAAAUAGUACUGUACAAAUAAUUAAGGAAUGUAUUUUAAAGAAGAAAAAAACAAUUAAGUUAAUAUGUGUUUCACAAAAUUUCUCCAUGUAAAUUUUGGAGAAAAUAAUGAUGACAGUUAAAGUGAAGAUACUUUACAUAUUUAAAUCAUUGUCUUUAAAAGUUUCUCAGAGGAAAAAGAUAAACAAUAGACUUUUUCUAUGUUGUUCUGAAAUAAAAAGAGUUGUGUAACAUGCCAAACUAAAUGAAUAUUCUUUCUUUUAGUUAUUUUAUAGCUACUUUAACAAUUAAUUCAGCUUGUUUGAAAAUACUGUUUUUAUCUAUUACAAGCCAAUAUACCCGGGAUUGCAUUAGGACCCCAUCCUUGUGUGACCUCGAUCCCAUUGGAACCCUAAUCCCAUUCUGAUACCGAUCUCGGCACAGUCCCGUUUCCCGGUUUUAUCCUGAUCCGGUUUGAUCCAUUCAAGGUUGGGAUCCCGUUUUCUGGUGGGAUCCUGAUCCCUUUGGGAUAAAGAUUAUGAUGGGAUCCCGACCCCUUUGGGAUCCCAUAUAAAAAAAAUUACUCGGUGUUACUGAGAGAACUUAAACUCCGGGACAGUAUAGAAAUAAAUAGAACUAACUAAAAUUUCAUUAUCCCUUAGAUCCCCGUGGAACAAUUUAGAACUUUCUGGAACAUUCUAGAUUAAAUUUAAUAACCUGCUGCAAACAUGUGUAAAAACUACUUUUCUAAUUAUUUUUUGAAUACGAUAAAAUGGAUAUUAUGAGUUCAGUACCCUUCGGUAUUUGAAUAUGGAUGAUCAUGUGUAUGUGUAAUAAGUUUGGUCAAGAUCCAUCCAUUCAAGUAUGGGUAAUAAGCCUAUUGAUAUUUAUAUAACUUAUAUAAGGAAAAUUGAAAUUGGGCCCCCGGCCCAAAAGAAUGGAUAUUAUUAGUUCAAUACCCGUCGGUAUAUGAAGAUGGAUAAUAAAGUGUAUGUGUACUAAGUUUGGUAAAGAUCCAUCCAUUCAUGUAGGAGUAUUUGUUGUUAAUUUAUUUAUACAGCUCAUAUGAGGAAAAAAACGAAUUCGGGGCCCCCUGCCCCAAAAGGAAUGUUAUAAAAAGUUCAUAAUCCCUUAAGAGUUCCUUCUGGAAAUGAUGGAUAUAUGUGCCAAGUUUGGUCACGAUCCAUCAUUCCAUGUAAAAACGUAUGUGGAACAAAUACAGCCACAAACAAACAAACAAACUUUCACUUUUAUAUAUAUUAUAUGUAUGGCAUCUUUCCGUCUGCGGGAGACGAUAGAUUAUCUUUAUUGCUUGCAGCUCCUAUUGUGGCUGGUGAGACCAAUCCUCGAAUGGCAGUCUCUGUUAAAUUUCCCACACACGAAUGAGGUGGAGCAGUAUUGACCGGCCUUCCUCCUCGCUCUUUUAGCAGCUGUUUCCGCCCUGUUUUGCUCCUCAGCAUGUAGUGAUCCUGCCUUCACGAUGUCCCGCCAUGUGGAUCGAUCCUCUGCCAGCUCCUCCCAGUUUGAGAUGUCGAUGUUGGCCGACUUCAUGUCUCUUUUGCAUAUGUCUAAGUAUCUCAGACGAGGCCAUCCAACUGACCUUUUCCCUGUCGCCAGCUCGCUGUAUAGCACGUCCUUUGGUAUGCGACCAGGUUGCAUUCGCUUGACGUGUCCAAGCCAGCGGAGGCGUCUUUGGAUUAACAUGGCAGGGACGCUACACAUGUUUGUUUGGGACAGGACAUCCGUGUUGGGACUUUGUCUUGCCAUUUAAUGUCAAGGAUGUGGCGCAGGCAUCUGAGGUGGAAGCCAUUGAGCCUUCUUUCGUGGUUAGAGUAUAUGGUCCACGACUCGCAUCCAUACAGGAGUGUGCUCAGUACGCAGGCCUGGUACACCUGCAGCUUAGUUCUUGUUGUGAGUCUGGCGUUUGACCAGACUCUUUUCUUCAGUCUGGCCAUAACAGUUGCGGCCUUCCCUAUCCUUCCACUUCUCUCAUCCUCCAUUGAGAGGGUGCUCGAUAUGUUGGAUCCCAGAUAUGUGAAACUGUCAACAGUAUCCAAGUCGUAGUCGUCGAUGGCGAUAGUGGGAAGGGAGUCAGCGCCCUGUGCCAUAAUGUUAGUUUUCUUUAGGCUAAUUGUCAGGCCAAACUCUUUGCAGGCAGCGGAUAGUCUGGAUACGAGGCAUCUUUCUAUCUUCACGAGACAAUGGAGUAGUUACUGACUCCACCAAAUGGCUUAUAAUGCCGGUCCUGGUAUGGCAGUCUCGGCUGCACUCCUAGCAGGAGAACCUAACUCUUGGUUCAUUUGGCUUUCCUUGAUGCUCUUUUUGUUCCUAGGCUUUUGUUUUGUGCAUCUUGUCUUUUUGACUCCCUCAUACACUGCUGUUCACCAGCUGCAACGGCGCGCUCAGUGAUGAUCUCCCAUUUGUUGAUUUCUAUUUUGGCCUCCCUCAUGUUCCUUUUGCAUAUCCUUAAAUCCCAGCCACCGCCGUCCACUAACUCUUGCCCAAUCUACCGAUUCUCCAUGCUGCAGAUUAUUUGGAAUAUGGACUUCCUCUAUUCUCCUUAUAUGACUUCUUGUGAAAAGCAGAGGACAGGCUACGCAUUUCGGGACAUUCUAAAACCUCACUGUUAGGCACUUUGUCCUGCCAUUGAAUUCGCAAAUGUUAAGCAGACAUCUAUUUUUAUUUUCAAAUAACAAUGUAAGUUUAAUGUUAUCUCAUUGCCCAACAAUUGUGUUAUAUAUCUUUGUUUAUUUCCUUUCAGCUGGAAUUUUCCUGACAUCAAUCACAGGGUUAUCUAUCCUGGGAGGGUUCGGGAUGACACUGGCUAUGUCCAAACGACAGGAUCCUACCAUGUUUGCUAAGGUAAAGUUACAACAUUAAGGCUGACCAGCUGAAGUUUUUUCUUUUAUAUAAAAAUAUGAUGUGAAAGAUUACAAACACAAUUGUAUAAAGCUUGCAUCUGAGGCAAAUAUUGACAGCUCUAAGAGUGACAAGAUCCAGAUCUUUAUAAAGAAUGAGAGACAUUUGAUGUUUUGAAUGAAGUUGAAUGACAAUUUUAAAGUAAAUAAUCUUUUAUUUGUAUUGAAACAAACAAGGUAUAUAUUUUUUUUUUAAAGGUUAUUAUAACUAAAUGUCUCACGCCUAGAUGAUAUCCUUGGACCAGCCAAUCCUUUUUUCUACCAGUAGAUUAACUUUGAAUUUACGCAACAGAUUUAUCUAAUCCCACAGGGUAUUCAUGGCACAAGAGAAAUCCCUGAGAGCGGAGUUAGUCUCGCUACCCGAGCUCUGGCGAGGGGAUCACUUUAUUCUGUGGCUGGUUUCAGUUUGUUGUGUUUCACAGUUUGGAAAUUGAUGGGGGUGAACAAUGUGAGUGAGCUUGACUAAAGUACAUUUGAUUUUUAUAAGGUUUCAUUCUAAGUGAUUUGGAACUAAUUUGUGAGAUUCAGUGUCAAGAAAAAUUAACUUAAUAUUUUGUUUGCUUUUAAAUUGUUUUUGUUUAGGUGGUCCGAAUGAUAAUAUUUUAAUUGUUUUAAGGAAUUUGAAACAGUUUAAAAAAAAAAAAUAAUUAUUCUAAAUUUUUGUUAAAAUAUUAUUUAGUUCUUAUUCAUGUGAUGAAAUUUUGUUGAGCCAUGUUAUUAAAUAUUUAGGUAUUAGUUUAUUUAGUUUUAGUUUAUUUAUUUAAGUUUCUAUAAAAUAUUUGUUUAAAACUAUCGGUAAACCAAUUUCCUGUUUUUCAGAUGUCAGAAUUCAGACAAAAAAUGGGAUCCGUCCUACCGACCAUACCCAAGAGAGAUAAUCCAGGGAGAGGGGAUUUUUUAACUAUCAGGGACUUAUUUAACUAUAUUAUUGAAGAGGAUGAAAAAGAGAAGAGGGUCAAGAAAUCGUCUUAAAAUAGUAGCCCUUUUUUUCAUACUUUAAUGCAUAUGGAAUUGGAUUUCCGCAACUUGGUUGAUGUUUUUAAAAAUGCACUCAUCUAGGAGGAACGGGAAACAUUUAAAGUAAAGAUGUUUCGUUUAAAAAAAAUGUUGUUCAAGAGAUUGAAAACCCCUAUUUAGUGCCGGUUGUGCAGUUAAGUCCCUUGAGCAGCUGAUAAGUUACAUUUCUCAAGUUGUUGGGGCGUCAGGAGCCCAGGCUUCUUGUGCAUCUUGCUACCUGAACCAAAAGCGAUUGGGGCUCUAAAAGAACACCGUCUUUGAUUGUGAUUCUGUACAGGCCAAAAGUGUGCCUGCUUUUAAAUAAGUAAGGGUUUGGAGUGUAACGGAAUGAUAUUUGUAAUUAUUUAAAAAAUCUCUGCCUAAAAUGUAACAUUAAAUUGUUAAUAAAUAAAUAAAUAAAUAAAAAA